UUCACCCGGAGGUGCUUUACGGCUGUGUGAACGACUCCUUAAGGAAGGUACUAAAAUGGCGGUGGUCGUGAGGUCUCUACAGGAUCAGCUGGAAAAGGCAAAGGAAAGCUUGAAAAAUGUGGAUGAAAACAUUCGGAAAUUAACAGGAAGGGAUCCCAAUGAGCUUAGACCUGGCCAGGCAAGAAGACAAACCAUUCCGGGCAUUGGUGUAGGUAGAGGCCGAGGGAUUAACUUGUUGAGGCGUGGGCUCUCCGACAGUGGAGGGGGACCCCCGGGUAAGCAGAGAGACAUUGAAGGGGCCCUCCUGAGGCUGGCCGGAGACCAGAGGGCAAGGAGAGAUUCCCGUCAUGACAGUGACGCUGACGAUGAUGACGAUGUCAAAAAGCCAGCUUUGCAGUCAUCUGUGGUCGCUACUGCCAAAGAACGAACACGUCGUGACCUCAUUCAGGAUCAAACCAUGGAUGAAAAGGGGAAGCAACGGAAUCGGCGCAUGUUUGGCCUGUUGAUGGGUACUCUUCAGAAAUUUAAACAGGAGUCCACAGUGGCCACAGAGAAGGAAAGAAAGCGCUUGGAGAUUGAACAAAAGCUGGAGGUCCAAGCAGAGCAGGAGCGCAAGAAAGUGGAGAGCGAGAGGCGGGAGCUCUUUGAGGAGCGGCGAGCCAAGCAGUCCGAGCUCCGACUUCUGGAACAAAAAGUGGAACUCGCUCAUUUGCAAGAAGAGUGGAACAUGCACAAUGUCAAAAUCAUAAAAUACAUCCGCACAAAAACGAAGCCACCGAUUUUCUACAUUCCUGGACGAAUGUGCUCUGCCACACAAAAGCUGUUCGAGGAGUCUCAGAAAAAAAUGAAUGUCUUGCUGGAGGAGAGGCGCGCAGAGUUUGCCGAGCAGCUGAACAAGAUGGAGGUGCGGCGGCCUCGGCGCCAGUCCAUGCGCGACAAAGACCAAGAGGCCAAUCGGAUGGAAGACCAAGAGGCCAAUCGGAGAGAAGACCAAGAGGCCAAUUGGAGGGAAGAGCGGAAGACGGAGGGUAAGCCGGCCAGCCUGGAGGCGGAGGUAGACAUGCAAAACAAGAACGAUGUAGAGAUGGAGGAGGCAGGGGAGGAGGUGAGCGUAGUGCAGAGCGAUGGAGAACAGGAACAAGAGCAGGAUGAGGAACCCACUGGGCAGGAGCAGGAGCAGAAGCAGCAGGCGGAGACAAAUAAGGAAGAUGAGGACGAGGAGGAGAAGGAGGGGCAGGAAAAUGAGGACGGGGUUGUAGGGACCACUGAGGUCAGGGGGGGAGAGGAGCAGGUGGCUGUUGCAGAUGUCAGGGGUGCGGAGCAGGGAGAUGUAGGCCAGCAGAUGGAGGAGUUGGUAGAUGAGAGCCCAACUGUAGUAGAUAUGGAGGUAGGUAAUGAUAGGAAGGAGGUAGUUGAGAUGGAAGGAGAGGCAGAGCCCCCAGUAGACCCACCCCAAGCCUCCAUGGAGUCAGACAGCGGGGGGAAUGGCCUCGAAGCCCAGACUCCAGCCAAAAUGACAGCCCCAGCGGCCCAGAUGGUACCAGGGGCGGAGCCUGCCGUAGAAAUUGCCGCGCCAACAGUCCCUGAGACCCAGCUUCCCCAGCAGGGUGGCGUUGUCGAUCAACCCGAGCCAGCUCCGGUGCCCAGGCCAGAGCAGGACUCCCGGCCGCAGCAGCCUGACCCCAAGGUCAAGGCCCCGGGGCCCCAGGGAGACGGCCGGGGGAGAGCCCGCGACAAGAAGAGCCGGAGCAGCUCCAGCUCCUCCUCCGGAUCCUCCUCCAGCUCCAGUGGCUCCUCUUCUGGCUCCUCCUCGUCCUCCGGCAGUAGCUCCUCGUCCAGCAGCAGCUCCAGCAGCAGGAGCCGGAGUCAUGGCCGGGGCGGGGCUAGCGGCGGGCGGGACCGGGACAGGAAGCACCGGAAGCGGCCCUCGGAGAGGGACAGGGAGCGGGGGAAGCGGAGUGGGACGGGCGGAGACAGGGGUCGUAAGCCAUCCAAGGGUGGCGGUCACGACGCCAAGGGCUCUAAGGACAAGAGCUCCAAGUCCGACAGGAAGAGGUCCACCUCAGGCCAGCGAUCCUCUCGGGGUGACCGGGAUCGCAGGUCGGACAGGAAGGACAAGAGACGUUAAAACUAGACCAACAAAUUGGACUCCCACCUGCUGCUAUUAGGAAGCCAGAUCUCCGGUAAUGGAAGUGGAGUUCUGUGCAGGGUGGGUAAACUUCAUCUAAAGCCCCAUUGAUUGUUGAUUGUUCAAAAUACAACGUGCAUAUGACAGCUUGAGGGCCCAUAAUGUGUAGUUUCCUAGGUUUACACCUUUCAACAUGGCAUUGCUGUGUUCCUGUUACCUUGUUCAUAGAAUUGGACUAAAUAACAAUCAAAGGGUAAUGCAAAGGACCUUCUGCUGUUCUUGUACGAAACUGGAGGGGAAAUUCCCUAAACACUUCACAUACGUGAAGGUAAAGGCGUGAUGCUGAAUUUCAAAGGGGAGAAAAAAAAAACUGUACAUGCUUAGUUUCUGACUUUUAAAAAAAAUAUACUACUGCUUUUAUGAUGAACCAUUUGCCAGUUUGGCCAACCUGUAAUCGUCACCCAAUCCGAUGUUUUUGAACUGGAGCCUUUUUUUGGACUAUGGGCCAUGAUUUUUGGUCCAGCCAGCAGUUAAAAUUAAAUUGUCUUUUUAGAGCUGCACCAUUCUUCUUUCCGGAUGUACUGGCAGCUUUUAAAUUCGUUUAAUGUUCCCAGUUUUUUUUCCCCUCAAAUGUGAGAAGAGAUUGUAAUAUCAGUGUAGUGGAACGACAUACUUUUGUAUUUAAUCCAUCUUGGAUCUGUAAACCUGUAAGGACGAUCUGGCGGAGGUUCCGGAGGCUCAUGGCACGUAUUUUGGGAACUUGCCGAACGCAUUUGUUUUUGUACAAGUGAAUGAAAACAUUCCAUUUAAUAAAAAUGAGCAUUCGUUCUAAAGCA